GUCUGUUUAGCCCUAAUACCUGCCAUUGUUUACCUUGUCAUGAAGUUUUCGUCUGCUGAAAUGUUUCGUUGCAGGGUGGUCUAAUCUGUCUAAUCUUAUUAGAGGAAGACCUUGGUUCCUCAUCUCCCUUUAUUCAGGCUCACUGUUUAGUCGUUUGAUUAAUUACCGAUACGAUUGGCAAGUUUCAUCUUCGUUGGUCCAUAGUCCACACUCCACACCUGAGUACAUUAUCAGAUUGCAUUUGCUACAUAUGCUUCUGAUUCUACACACAUACUUAUCAUAACGUGAUUCAUCCGGCAACUAAUUCCAUACUGUAGCUGCUGGUUAGUUUGAAGGCGACAGAAAUUCAAAAUGGCUCCAACAAAUGAGAAACGAGUGCCCUUUCCGCCAAAUCACAAAUUGUCGGUAGUUGAAGUAUUUGAUACGAAGACGGGUAAACCUCAACCCGAUGUGCUGAAACAGCAUUUCAUUUUGGAGGGUCGUAUCGAGGAGGCAGCUGCACUCCGAAUCAUAAACGAGGGAGCUAGCCUACUACGUCAAGAGAAGACUUUAAUCGAUAUUGAAGCGCCCGUCACAGUUUGUGGGGACAUUCACGGACAGUUUUACGAUUUGAUGAAACUGUUUGAAGUAGGCGGAUCUCCAGCCACUACAAAGUAUCUUUUCCUCGGGGAUUACGUCGAUCGGGGAUAUUUCAGCAUUGAGUGCGUCCUCUACCUGUGGACGCUGAAAAUUACCUACCCAACCACCCUCUUCCUGUUGCGGGGCAACCAUGAAUGCCGGCACCUGACGGAAUAUUUUACAUUCAAACAAGAAUGUAAAAUCAAGUAUUCGGAGCGCGUCUAUGACGCUUGCAUGGAGGCGUUUGAUUGCCUUCCUCUAGCUGCCCUGAUGAAUAAGCAGUUCUUCUGCGUCCAUGGUGGUCUCUCCCCUGAGAUCCACUCGCUCGAUGACGUCCGAAAACUGGAUCGGUUCAAGGAGCCACCGGCGUUCGGUCCCAUGUGCGAUCUCCUCUGGGCUGACCCUCUGGAAGAUUUUGACAAUGAGAAGAAUGGUGAACACUUUACUCACAACUCCGUUAGAGGUUGUUCUUAUUUUUACAGCUACGCAGCCUGCUGUGAAUUCCUUCAGCAGAACAAUCUUUUGUCAAUUAUUCGAGCGCAUGAAGCUCAGGAUGCUGGUUACCGAAUGUACCGAAAAACCCAAGCGACUGGUUUUCCUUCGUUGAUAACCAUAUUUAGCGCUCCUAAUUACUUGGACGUCUAUAAUAAUAAGGCGGCUGUGCUGAAGUACGAGAAUAAUGUGAUGAAUAUCCGGCAGUUUAACUGUUCACCUCAUCCCUACUGGCUACCCAAUUUUAUGGAUGUAUUCACCUGGUCUCUCCCCUUUGUUGGAGAGAAAGUGACUGAAAUGCUGGUCGGCGUCUUGAACAUUUGUUCCGACGACGAACUCGUUUCUGAGGGCGAAGAGAGUCUUGAAGACGCUGCUAUUCGUAAAGAGGUGAUCCGCAACAAGAUUCGAGCUAUUGGUAAAAUGGCCCGUGUCUUUUCCGUGUUAAGAGAGGAGAGCGAAAGUGUGCUCCAACUGAAAGGGUUAACCCCUUCUGGCUCACUACCUCUUGGCGCCCUUUCUGGAGGCAAAACAACGUUAAGAAACGCCAUGCAAGGAUUCUCUCCUACUCAUGAAAUCCGAUCAUUUGAAGAGGCCAAAGGCUUGGACGCCAUCAAUGAGCGCAUGCCACCUCGAAAUGAUGCUUGUCCUCCGGUCAGCGAAGCGACAAACUAUUCGAGUGUGUCACCCACUCUAAUUGCGGCGACGGAGACAGCUGUGGUGACUGAGGUCAUUUCUAAUCCAGUGCCAACAAAAGUAGAUGUGGAGUAAGUGGCGACUUAAAUAGUAGCGGAACAGGAAUUUUUUUUUUUUUUUUUUUUUUCAUUCCAUGAUUCCCUUUUUUUUUGUGUUUAAAUUCUGUUUGUUUUGUAUAAUUCUGUUUAACUAUUAUUUUUGGAUGUUAUUUCUUCCCCUCAUCUAUACCACCUCCCGUCGUCUCUUUCUCUCGUUUACGCCCACACGACUGAAAGUCAUUACUCGAUUAUUCACAGUUCAUGAUAAUAAUCAUAAUCGUUAAUCCAUGAUCCAUGACCAAGUAAAUAUUAUCUAGUUGUGGUAAAAAUGAGGAAUCAAAAAGCUUUAUUAACCGAUCUCGUUGGUACUAACUCGAAGGCAGAGAUAUUCGGGGAGUAAACACAGUUUCUUGACUGUGGCUUUUAGUCAAUUCCCACCCAAUACUGAACCAAUGAAAACCAACCAAAAAAUUAUUUAAAUUUCGGGGUGAAUUUUCUGAAUUCCUAAAUCUAAUUUAAGAAAUCUAAUUUUCGUCGCUAAUUUAAUAAAUUUUGAUUGUCCAAAUUCUUACCGGAUGAAUGAUUAUCGGAAUUAUAACCAAAAAUCAGUCCAGUUGACUGCAUAUAAAAUCCACAUAGAGAGUGCACUCCCCAAGAAAGAGAGAGGCGACCAUUACAAACAGAGAGAAGCGUAUUCAAAAUUUUUAUAAAAGAUUUAAAAUAUUUACGGCUAUUUUAAUGAUUUCAGAUGAUGUUUAAAAUUCUAAACAAAUUUUAAUGUGUCAAAUCCCAACCCGCCCGAGAAAAAUUAUGCGUGUUGUCAUGUGUUAGCAAAAUGUUUCGUGAUAGGUAGAAGUAGGAUGACAUUUCACAUUGUCAUUGCUGUGAACAGCAAAUAAAACGGAACGUUUUUAAGUAAAUUUUAUUCUGGAUGUAGUAACCAAAGUCCUCCUCCUCAUCUGAUUAUAGUCUGAUCGCUUGUCAUUCAUACCCCCAUUAUUAACUAAAUACAACUUAAAUAAAAAAGU